AUGUGUGGAAAGAUGCAAGCUCAAGAGGACUGUUUACUACCACUACAAGUUAAGGAUUCCAUCGGUCGUAGUAUGUGGUUUGGGAUUUUACGGGAAAGCAAGGUUUUUGCUGACACUGUAAGGGUCCAGGUUAAAGACGGCUCUACAAUCAGGUUUUGGCAAGACUGCUGGUGUACAGGAAUUUCAUUCAGGGAGAAAUAUCCUAGGUUAUACAAAAUCAGUGCACAAAAAAUGGACUCCGUGGCCACGCUAUUUCAACCAAGAUGGAACUUUCAAUUUACUAGGCAACUAGACCCAGCCGAACGCAUUGAUUUUCUGGAAUUAAAGUACGAGAUCAGGAUGAUCAACUUGACUCAAGGGGAUCAGGUUGAUUGUUUGGAUGGAGAAGUGUCUGCAAAAGCAAUAUACACGAGGCUGUCAGGGACUGAGCCAGAUUGGGAAGGUUAUCGAUUGUUAUCUAACAAACACGUGCCACCUAAAGUGAUUUUCCUUUUUUGGGCCUCACUGCAUGAUUCAAUCCCGACGAGAUACAUGCUGCAACACAGGGGAGUAAUAGUACAAUCCAAUUUAUGUCUCUUUUGUAACGCAGAGGUGGAGACGACGGAUCACCUAUUCAUACAUUGCAGAGUGAUUAAGCAGCUGUGGGAUUUCUUUGUUGCAGCUCUGAAGGUUCGCUGGGUUACGCCUCUUAAUUUCUUGUCGUGUAUUCAGUGUUGGAGAUUGGAAAGAACCUCAACAAGAGUAAAGAUGGUUUGGCAUCUACUUCCUUAUGCAAUCUGUUGGGAGGUGUGGAAUGAGCGCAAUAGGAGGGUGCAUGGAGGAAGAUCCAAGACAGCGUAUGAAUUGGAAAUUGCGGUUAAACAAUAG